GUUUGCCAACAGCCAUUGUCCCGGAAAAGAAGAAAAACCGACAAAACAAACGCAAACUCAAGGGCGCGAAUUUUUGUAUUUUUUUUUAUCACGUUCGUCCACAACAUAGACGUCUAUUUUCUUUUUCGACACAAAAUGCCCGCCACUGCAGAUACGUACUUGGACCAGUCUACCAAAAAUGAGUGCGAGACGGAUAAAAAAAACGAGUACGUCGGCCACUAUCUGUGACGAGCGCGGGUAUUUGAACCAAGUACGGUUGAUCCUGGAUCAUGGCCGUAAAAAGGGAGACCGAACCGGGACCGGAGUCCUUUCGGUGUUUGGCGCCCAGGCCCGAUACAGCCUCCGAGAUCAGUUUCCUCUGCUGACCACCAAGAAAGUGUUUUGGAAAGCCAUACUUGAAGAGUUGCUUUGGUUCAUUAAGGGGUCGACCAAUUCAAAGGAGCUCUCUGAGAAAGGGGUGAAGAUUUGGGACGCCAACGGUUCCCGAAGCUUUCUGGACAAGUGCGGCUUUACCGACCGGGAGGAGGGCGACCUGGGCCCAGUGUACGGCUUCCAGUGGCGGCAUUUUGGUGCCGAGUACACCAACAUGCAUGCAGAUUACACAGGACAAGGCGUGGACCAGCUGCAGAAAGUCAUCGACACCAUCAAAAGCAAUCCGGAGGACCGACGCAUCAUCAUGUGCGCGUGGAACCCGAAAGACCUGCCCCUGAUGGCGCUGCCCCCCUGCCACACCCUCUGCCAGUUCUACGUGUGCGACGGCGAGCUGUCGUGUCAGCUUUACCAGCGCUCUGGCGACAUGGGCUUAGGGGUGCCCUUCAAUAUCGCCAGCUACGCACUCCUCACAUACAUGAUCGCCCACGUCACCAACCUCAAGCCGGGCGACUUUGUCCACACGCUGGGAGACGCUCACAUCUACACCAACCACGUUAAACCCUUGGAAGAGCAGCUGAAAAGGGAGAUCCGCCCCUUCCCUAAAAUGAACAUUCUUCGGAAAGUGGAGAGUAUCGAUGAUUUCCGUGCAGAGGAUUUUGAAAUUGUGGGCUACAACCCCCAUCCUACAAUCAAGAUGGAGAUGGCCGUGUGAGAGAGAUGACAUUAAAAACAAAAAGAGUGAAAGGUACUAACUACUAGAUAGAGGGCAAAAUGGGAGAACAUUGAAAAAAAAUAUAUUUUAAAAUAUUAACAUUGAAAAAGCUCUUAAAAUAUUGACUCAAAUGUGUCAUUGAUCGAUUAUAAUUGGAAUCAAAUAGAUGAUUAUGUUGAACGUGUCAUUAAUUUAUUCUAUAAAAAAAUGACUUGAUUUCACAAUUUACCGUAUUUUCGCACCUGUCAAAAAUGCAUAAUAAAGAAGGAAAAAAACAUAUAAGUCGCACUGGGGUAUAAGUUGCAUUUUUGGGGGAAAUGUAUUUGAUAAAACUCAACACCAAGAAUAGACAUUUGAAAGGCAAUUUAAAAUAAAUAAAGAAUAGUGAACAACAGGCUGAAUAAGUGUAUGUUAUAUGACGCAUAAAUAACCAACUGAGAAGGUGCCUGGUAUGUUAACGUAACAUAUUAUGGUAAGAGUCAUUCAAAUAACUAUAACAUAUAGAACAUGCUAUACGUUUACCAAACAAUCUGUCACUCCUAAUCGAUAAAUCCCAUGAAAUCUUAUACGUCUAGUCUCUUACGUGAAUGACCUAAUUAGUAUUUGAUAUUUUACGGUAAUGUGUUAAUAAUUUCACACAUAAGUCGCUCCUGUGUAUCAGUCGCACCCCUGACCAAACUAUGAAAAAAACCUGCGGUUUAUAGUCCGAAAAAUACAGUAAUUCAUUACUUAAUCAAUGAAUGACACAUAUAAGUAAUUAUUUAAUUUGUCUAAUUUUGUCUCAUUUAACCUUAGUUCAGCCCUUUCUGAAUUCAUAUUAUCAAUAACUCCGACAACUUGAAUAAAUUCCUCCACUUUAACUACUACAUGCUUUGGAUCUGCAGGUCUUGCUUCCAAAUACUCAGUCUAAAAUACCAACCACCGACUCCCCCAAAAAAGUAUGAGUCUAUAUCCUCUUUGGCUGCCAUGUUUUUAUAAAGACUUUGUUUCGACCAAAUUGGACUUGAUUUGUGUUAGCUCCGCCCACCCUGUUUGAAAGACCAAUUAAAUUCAUGAAGCGCUGUCAAGGGGUAAAUGGGACAAAAAUUCAAUAAAUCUUUAAAUAACUACUUAAAUGUCUCAUUAUAUUCAUCAAUUCAUAUAAAAAAGUAAUACAAUUUUUACUUAAAAACAUUUAUGACACAUUUAAUAACAAAUGUAACUAUUUAAUUCCAAUUGUAAUUAAUGGCACAUUUAAGUAAUUAUUUAAAGAUUUGUUAACUUUCCUCCCAUUUGGCCUACUUGUAAAGAAAUGUGUAUUACAAAUGUAAUUAUGUAAUAAAUAAGACUGCUGUUUUUCAAUUA